UACGACCACACCGCAAAUAGUGAUUAUACUACUGAGUCACCGACAUUCCCAUGAAGUGUCAUUUUUUCUGGGUUAAGAAAGCCUGCUAUACUACCCAAACUGGUGCUCAAAACGCAGUUUUUGGUCUCAAAUAGUUUGUUAUGUGACUGACGCCCUCGUUGGAGGUUUUCGGCGCUGUGAAAGAGUUGAAAGCCCCAGCCCUUCAGCACCAUGAAGCGGACAGCUGUGGUUGCCGUCCUUCUUUGUGCUCUUUUCGGUCAACAGUCAAGUUCGACAACACCCAGCCCUACCCCAGCAACCAACACCACAUCGCCGAGCGUUACCGAGUCCACGACGAACAACAACAACGCCACCCCGAGUGUUACCGAGUCCACCACGAACAGCAACAACGCCACUCCGAGUGUUACCGAGUCUACCACGAACAGCAACAACGCCACUCCGAGUGUUACCGAGUCCACCACGAACAACAACAACGCCACUCCGAGUGUUUCCGGGUCAUCCACGACUAACAACAACCCCACUCCGAGUGUUUCCGGGUCAACCACGACCAACAACAACCCCACUCCGAGUGUUUCCGGGUCAACCACGACCAACAACAACCCCACUCCGAGUGUUUCCGGGUCAACCACGACCAACAACAACCCCACUCCGAGUGUUUCCGGGUCUACCACAACCAACAACAUCCCGACCCCGCCUCCAAAUUCCGGAUCAGAUUCAGGUUCAGGUUCGGGCUCAGGGACAGAUUCGGAGUCGGGUUCGGGUUCUGGUGGUGGUGGUGACCCAGCAAACGUAGUUGUGCAAAAGACUGGGCCCAGCGGAACAGUAACCAGUCCGAACUACCCCAACUUAUACCCGAACAGCCAGGACUACCAGUACCUGAUAACCGUCACUUCAUCGAAAGUCAUCCGCCUCACCUUCUCGGCGUUUAAUGUGGAGAACAAUUGGGAUUUCGUCUAUGUGUACGAUGGAAACGCAACCGACAGUGUGUUUCAAUUAGUUCGACACACUGGUGAUGACGUCCCACCCCCCGUGACGUCUACCAAGAGCACCAUGCUGGUCCGGUUCACCUCCGACUACAGCGUGGGCAGAUCUGGGUUCCAGGCCACCUACACGGCUAUAUCUAAAGUGUAUGCUAACUGCACAGUUGGCCAGUACCGUUGCGGAGACGGUGUGACGUGUAUUGAGUCUUGGAAGCGGUGUAACGGAGAAACUGACUGUAGUGAUGCGAGUGACGAGGGAUCGUGUAAUUGUGAAGGCAUCCCUCCGUAUUUCACCCUGUGCAGAGUCCUGUCCUACCCCAACGCUGGUUUGCCCAACCCGUUCAACCACGGCACGAUCCAGGACGUUCAGAACGCGCCUCAGAUCAGCGAUCUCACUGCGCUCAUCAACACACAGUGUCACCCUGAGAUCAACCAGCUGGUCUGCGCUCUUCUUCUGCCAAACUGCAACCAAACUCUAGGCCGCCACAAGCUCCCGUGCCGGUCUUGGUGUGAAGAGGUGCGGAAGUCCUGCUCGGGUCAGUCCACGCUACAAUAUCUGCCAUCUUGUGGGAUUUUUCCAAACUCCAGCUGCUACAACAUCCCGCCAUCAAGGAAGGGCGAAGAUGAGUGUUACAGGGGGAAUGGAGUAAACUACAGAGGAGACGACAACACGUCGCCAUCCGGGAAGAACUGUGAGCGGUGGGACUUGGACACUCACAAAGCCUUGCUGGAUAGGUACGAAUGGGCAAACCUGGAUGAAAACUUCUGUCGGAACCCUGACGGAUGGGAGAGACCGUGGUGUUACGUCGAGGGGGGUUUCGAGGAAUGCGACAUCGUUCCUUGCGAUGUCGUUGGCUGCACGGAUCCAGGCAAACCUACCUUCGGACAGAGGAGCCCUCUGCUGAAGUUCUACAAGGACGGAGAUCGGAUCACGUUCACCUGCGACAGAGGCUACAAGUUCAAGGUGGAUUCUCCACCCAACAGGGCGCAGUGUAUCGUCAACGGAACCACUGCAAAAUGGUCCUCAAGCCUGCCUUACUGUGAAGUGGACCAAAAGUGGAAGCUGACAAAAGACGUCUUCAGCACUGAGGUGUACAACAAGGCAUUCGCUCCAUCAAAGGGCAAAAACAUCAAAGUGCAUGCGUACAUCGAAAACACCAUCUCACUGGAUGAAAAGAAUGAGCAGAUAAUAAAUGCUGUGAAGAUGGCAUUGGAAUGGAAGGACGAGCGUUUGGAGUGGCAAGCGAAUGAGUAUGGUGGUCUGAGCUUCAUCUACGUGAGUGACAAGACCAUUUGGACGCCUGGAUUGACGCUCAAACGGAACUUUGACACAGACUAUACAGGCGGGUUCCCUUCAACUGACGUAAGAGUAUCCAGCUCAGGAGAAGCCCACGCGACCUUGGAGUUCCUGGCCUCCACCACCUGUGACUUGGACCCGUUCCUGUUUCCGCAGGACAACAUGACAUGUCCCGUCUGCUUAAAGGGAGGGCCUGAAACCGUUAUAGCAUGUGCCGAGAACGUUACAGACUCCAAUGAGACAGAAUUCCUGACCUGCAGCAAGACCAGCGCGUCCAUUACGACCGGGGAGUGGGGCGGGCGCGUCACCCUCUCAGCCACCGGCAACACUGCCUGCCUCACCAUCACCAUCCAGCGGGAUCCCAGCUACCACUACGCCACAACCAUCUCCCCCUGCAUCAUCCUGGUGGUCCUCAUGAUCAUCACCUUCAUCAUGCCCAUCGACAAAGGUGACAGGAUCGGGUUCGGCGUCACCGUGCUGUUGUCCAUGGUGGUGUCGCUAGUCGUCGUCACGGGCUUCCUGCCUGUCAAGGGGACCCUGCCCUUCAUCGCCAUGUUGAUCAUCGUUGCCAUGGGGAUGAUGGGAGGCUUCAUGUUGGUGACCCUCUGCAUCAUCAUCAUCCACGACCGGAAGGGCACCUUGCCUCCCUGGGCACGCAAGUUCUUCCUGCGACACGUGGCAAGGAUGCUUUUCAUGGGAGAUCUGACGAGGAAACUGCCCCCAACUGAGGAAAACGGCGGUCCCCCAAAUGACGAAGUCCUCUGCAACUGGUCAGCAGCUAACAAGGUGCAGCCCGACGGCUCUAACGGAAAUGACGUAGUGACCCGUCCGCCCAGUAGAGUCCAGCAGGUUGAAGUUAAAUCUAACAUGCCAGGGAUGCAGGGCACGUUGGACGAGCUGAAGACUAGCGUCAGACAGCUGUCUGCCAGCAUCGAAGCUCUAGCCAACUCGAGCGGCGGAGGUGAAGAUGAGGUGACAGAAUACAACCUGUUAGCGUACGUGCUGGACAGGAUCUGUCUGUUUUUGUACAUAGCCGGCAUCAUUGUCGCCAUCCCCUGCACUCUAUACCUUGGGAAGUAAACUUACAGCAUUGUCAUUGAAAUGUCUUCGCGUUAUCUUGAAAGGCUGACAUUUGCUAUUGAGCAAAUAUAGCAUAUUUUCAUAUCAACUUUUUGCAAAAAUUGACCUACUCCAAAACAUCAUCCCACACCAUAAUUGAUUUUUUUUUAAACUCCCGCCAUACAAGAAUGGGCUCUUCCGGAACGCCCCUAUCUAUGCAGAAUGGGCCGAUCUAUGUGACCCAUUUCAUUUCAUGUAUUGAUUGAAAUAUAAUUUUGGGUGGCCCACAAAAUAACAUUGGUUAGCAAAAACUAAAUAAUACUAAAAAUAAAAUGCUUUGAAAGUAAAAUUGUCGUACUUAUACUAUAACCUAUAACUCAUUUACGGUUGUUUACCUGGUGAUAUGGCAUCUUAUAUGGGGUUGCAUUAAAUUAAAUCCCACGUGCUGAUAGAUAAAGAAAUGUUCAGCUGUAAAAACUUAAUACACUUUCGUUCAAUGGUGAAAGAUAACCAUGAAUGAUCUUCUCGAUUGUUUUCAGUUCAGAAAAAUACGCCAUACUCACUUUAUGUAAAGGUUGACUUUUAAUUGUGCUGUAUUUAAAAAAAAUAAGAGUAAAUCUUCGCGGGGACAAAAAUGUUAUGAAUAUUUUUUCAACGAUAAAUAAUUUACGACAAUUUGAAUAAAAUGUAAUGACUCUCUCUGUCUCUCUCUUUCUCCCCCUCUCUCUAUCUGCCUCUCUCUUUCUCUAUCCGUCUCUCACACUGUCUCUGUGUCUCCCUGUGCCUCUUUUUUUCUCUGUCCCUCUCUCAUAUAUAUUAUAAAGAGACAGAGUGUGUGUUUUAUAAACUGUAUGUUUUCAUAAAUUGCAUGUAUGCGUUGUAUAUUGUGCGUAUGUUGUACGUAUUGCAUGUUACCAUGUGGCUUUUAGGGGUUUACUUACAUACGUGAUGACGUGUACGCAUGUUUCUGUUUCUGUUGAUAUUGUAUUAUCCAUGAUUCUAAAAUAAAUAAAGGUCUAACAGUUA